AUGGCAGGGUUGGCAGGGCCCCUGAGGGCCGCCUGGUGGAGACAGGCUGAGACAACAGCGGCGCCCGGUUCAAGUUCCCCCCGUGGCCUAUGCUGUUCGAAAAAUGUCCAGAAAUGAAGCUGUUGGAAAAGUCAAGUCUGGAAGCCCUAAACUCCCAGUUGAGGGUGGAAACAAACGGGAGAUGCACCCAUCCUUGGCAGGAUUGAGAGCUCCUCUUGCAAGAUGGCCGCUGACGACAAGCACCUCUUCAAGCCGUUCUGCCAGGAAGGGCAGCCCCACGUGCUUGAGGCCCUGUCCCCACGCCCAGCAGGCUCAGCAAGAGCCACAGUGGCGAGGAGGAGGGCCCCCUUAGCGACAAAGGCAGUCACAAGACCCUCUUCUACCUGAGAGCCACCCUCAAGGAGUCCUUCCGUCAAGAGCCACGAAUUCAGCCGAAGGAUUUCCGUGCCCUGAAGCCCCACCUGUGGGACGCUGUGGAGCAGGAGAUCUGCCUCUCGGAGUGUGACAUUGACAGCUACAACCCAGACCUGGACUCGGACCCCUUCGGAGAAGAGGGCAGCCUGUGGUCCUUAAACUCCUCCUUCUACAACAAGUGGUUGAAGCGGAUCAUCUUUUUCACCUGCCGUUCCAUCCGUGGCUCCACAUACCCUCACCCUGAAGCGGGAGAUGAGCUGCACAUGGAUCUGAGCGAGGAGGAGGAGGAGGCAGCAGCAGGCCCCUGCGACGAGGACGGGGCCAGCAUUGAGGAGGAGAGGAGACAAGUGACUUCUGCAUGUGUCUUCUGGGGCUCUUUUGCGCCCCCUCUGAAGAAAGCUCCUGCAGCGUUCUCCCCCAGACUAGCGUCGUCGUGUUGCUCUGCCUCUUGGCCCUGUGGAUGCUGCCUGACCAGCUGGUGCCUCCAGACUCCCACGGAUGCUGCCAGCCAGUCCCUUGGCCUACCUGCAGGCUUGGGCACCCCUGCAGCACUGGAAACUUGGUCCGGCCCCUGA